UGAAAAAUUAUGCAAGAGCAGGCAUGUUCGGUAUCAAUUAAGUUGGUUAUCCCACAGUCGAGUGUUGGCCAUUUGCAAUAACCUCUGCAUGUUGCCGCUAAUCUGAUAGGAAGAAAACCUUUGAUCGAGAUUGGGACUCGUCUUUUAUCAUCCACGAUGGUUCAGGCGUUACAAACACACGGUGUCGUGCCCGACGUAAUAGACAAGGUGCCGCAAGAUGUGCUACAGGUUACGUAUGGGAAUGAAAUUUCCGUGGAUAUCGGGAAAGUAUUGACACCGACGCAAGUUAAGGAUAAACCUACAGUUACAUGGAAUGCCGAUGCAAACGCGUAUUACACUCUUUGUAUGACUGAUCCUGAUGCACCGAGUCGUAAGAAUCCAAAAUUUCGCGAAUGGCAUCAUUGGUUAGUUGGAAAUAUUCCCGGCUCGAACGUCUCCAAAGGGGAAGUUCUCUCGGACUACAUCGGUUCAGGCCCGCCAGAAGGAACAGGACUUCAUCGUUACGUAUUUCUAUUGUAUAAACAGCCCGAGAAACUGACAUUCGACGAACGUCGUUUGACUAAUCGAAGCGGGGAUAAUCGUGGGAAUUUUUCCAUACGAAAGUUCGCGUUGAAAUACAAAUUGGGUGAUCCUAUUGCGGGCAACAUGUAUCAAGCUGAAUUCGACGACUAUGUUCCGCUUCUUUACAAGCAACUAGGUGCUUAAGAGGUUGUUGGUUAAGAGGAACAGUCUUGUGUAGAUGAAGAAUACACAGAUACUUUGUAUAAAGUUUAAUAUUAAACGCAUGUUCACGUAA